AUGCUCGACUUCGCCGAGGGAGCGUCGGCGCACGAAAAAAGUUACAUUGCUGUUGGCCAGUUGCCGGAGCUUGUCGAGGAUCGACGGCCACCGUAUAGAAAGGCGCCGUUUACGACCCUAUCACGCCAUGCAUUGGUGCACACUACGGAAUUGAUUAUGCCCAGAGAGGUUUAUAACGCGAUAUGGAGCUCGAUGCAGGACAAGCUUGCGAAGCCGCGAUAUAUCCAAGUCAUCAUGCCGCUCAUCGCAUUGCUGGAAGGCGACUUUUUCAACACGUUCGUCAAGUCAGGAUGCGUUCUCAUGCAGUCCGAAGGCCGCUCAGGGGUGGACGAUGUUUUUACGUUGCACAAUGGCACGUUGACGCUCCAAGUCGGCAAGGACAAGUACGAGCGCUCCGGUCUUGCCGGAAAACCAAUCCGCAGCGGCGGCAGAAAACAUGCGAAGGAACGAUUUGCCAUUGAGAUUGAUCUCUGCCAGCCGUCGAUGCUGCACGGAAAAAGAGCAUUCGAAAGGAUCGUAUGGGCGUGCCGAAACGUCCUGAAUGCGUCGCUCACCUGGAUCCUGGUCUGCGAUGCGUCCAGUCAGAAUUCCUUGGACCAAGCGGUCGCUGCGCUUGCGAAGUAUCAUCCGAGAAUUCUAGACUGCCGCUUCGAAGAAACCUCCCACCCUGUGGCCCAGAUUCCGCCACUGUCCCUCGACGAGAUUCCCCCUUCGUCUUCUCCGAGAGAUCUGGAGGAGUACUGCAACGAGGUUUCUGAAUGGCUUGCUCUGGUCUCUCUACGGUCUCCUCGAAUCUCAGUUGACGACGUGAUCGACCCCUAUCUCAGUCGCUACGCCGUACCCCACGCCGAGUCUACGCUUCCGCAGCCAACAGCCCUCGUUAGUCUUCGAUGGCAAGGCGCCAUGGCUUCGCGCUGGAUCACUCAACUAUUCACCCUUUUUAUCCUAGAACAACGGCUCCACACUGACUGCUUAAAUGCCUGGACUGCUCUGUCUGCCUCGGCCUUCCGACGAGUCGCUGUCGAAAAUGCCGAUGGCUACACUAUCCUUUCAAUCCCAGAAAAAGCGAGACCCAUGGGUAACAGUUUUAUUUCCUGGGACUUUAUUGGUGCUUCGCUCUGUACAUAG